AACCGACCACCCCCCUCCACAGCCGCGCGCAGGCCGCACCGCCCCGGUCCCGCACGGCAUGCUACGCACACCCUCCCGCACCACCACCAGCAGCAGCAGCACGCACGACACACAAUCGUCGCACGCGCCCCCAGGCCCCGGGUUCGCUCGCGCUCGGCUUCCGCUCUACACCCCCCUGACGGUGGUGGCCGGUUAAGCCCGGGCGGUGGUGGAUGGACGUGCGCCGUCUCGGAGGCCGCAUCGCGGCGGCGCUGAGGGCGCUCGCCGCGGGGGGCUCGCUGAUGCCCAUCCCGUCGUGGGUCGCCAACGGCCUGGCGAUGAUCUCGCUCGUGCUCUCCUCCUGCGACCUUCUCCGCCUCUGCAGCGACAGGGACCGCCGUCUCCUGUUCCCGCUCCGCUGCCGCGAGUUCGUCACCGUGUUCUGCCAGCUGGCCUCCAUCCUGUACCUCUUCGGCCUUUGCGGCACUGGCAUCGCAUCUGCGAACUCCGAGACCCACGCCUGCCGCGACCAGGGCGGCUCCCCCGACCAAACGCGCGCCGCCGCCGACGCGCCGGAGGCAUUGCAUGACGGGGUGGAGGACGGGGACGAGGAGAUCGUCGCCGCUGUGGUCUCCGGGGCGCUGCCGUCACACCACCUCGAGUCGCGCCUCGGAGACUGCCACCGCGCGGCCAGGCUGCGGCGGGAGGCGCUGCGGCGGAUGACGGGGCGGGGCGUCGAGGGGCUCCCACUCGACGGGAUGGACUACCAGGCCAUCCUGGGGCAAUGCUGCGAGAUGCCCGUCGGGUACGUGCAGAUACCGGUCGGGGUCGCCGGCCCGCUGCUCCUGGAUGGGGAACAGUACCAUAUUCCCAUGGCUACCACCGAGGGAUGUCUCGUGGCCAGCGUCAACCGCGGCUGCAGAGCCAUCGCUGCGUCCGGAGGCGCCGUCAGCUCGCUGUUCCGGGAUGCAAUGUCUCGUGCGCCUGUCGUCAAGUUGCCAUCGAUCAAGAGGGCAGCGGAGCUCAAGGAGUUUGCCGAGGCACUUACCAAUUUUGAGACUCUAGCUGCUGUCUUCAAUAGGUCCAGCAGAUUUGGGAAGCUUCAGGGUAUUAAUUGUGCAUUAGCAGGUAGGAACGUUUACAUAAGGUUCACUUGUAGUACUGGAGAUGCUAUGGGAAUGAAUAUGGUGUCAAAAGGUGUUGAGAAUGUCUUGGGCUACCUGCAGACUGAUUUCCCCGACAUGGAUAUCAUCAGCCUAUCUGGUAACUAUUGUUCAGACAAGAAGCCUGCAGCCGUAAACUGGAUAGAAGGUUGUGGGAAAUCUGUUGCUUGUGAGGCCACAGUCAAAGGGGGAGUUGUGCAGAGUGUUCUUAAGACCACUGUGCAAAAACUUGUCGAGCUUAACAUUGUAAAAAAUCUCGUUGGAUCAGCUGUAGCCGGAGCUCUUGGAGGUUUCAAUGCCCAUGCAAGCAAUAUCGUAACUGCCCUGUUCAUUGCUACGGGGCAGGAUCCUGCCCAAAAUGUUGAAAGCUCACAGUGCCUCACCAUGAUGGAGGCAGUGAAUGAUGGAUGCGAUCUUCACAUCUCUGUGACCAUGCCUUCCAUUGAGGUAGGCACUAUUGGGGGUGGCACUUGUCUUACUUCACAAGCCGCAUGUCUGAACCUGCUUGGUGUCAAGGGUCCGAAUCUUGAUUCACCUGGGGAAAAUGCUAAGCUUCUGGCUACCAUCGUCGCUGGCAGUGUGCUCGCUGGCGAGCUGUCUCUCAUGGCAGCCCUUGCUUCUGGCCAACUUGUGAAGAGCCACAUGAAGUACAACCGAUCAAGCAAAGAUGUGCAAGGUGCUGCUUCCUGAGUAUACACAGCAGCUCGUCGGGUACUCCAAGGCUCCAAGUGACAUGUUUAGACAGCAAUGGCCCAAGUGAGAUCGUCGCGGAACAAAUGGGAUAAACAGAGCGAUUGUACAGAGUGAUAAGGGAGCAGGUCGAAACAGCAAGCGCAACCUGUUUGACUGUUAGCGACGUACAGCACCUAGCAGAUUAUGCAGCUUCUGACUGUAACUUUUGUUUAUGUGUAUUGAGUCUUCGUGUAUUAAUUAAUGUUUGCCUGUAACCGUUCAAACAUCUCUUUGCUUUGUUUAGCAGCAGAUCAGAUUAAGUCUGUUCCUUUUGUGCAGUAUAGUAAUUUGCCUAUUGUUAUGUUUAUAUCGUGAAUGUUUUCCUGAAAUAAGAUGUCACUGGAGUUCAA